CACCACCCGUCCUUGGCACGACGCUCCGCUCCGACACGCACCGUGGCGACGACAUCCCAUGCUGUUGUAGAGGCCCGUCCAGCACCGAGGUGCACAACACAGCGCGUCUAUUGCUACCACCGCGCACCUAUCGCUAACCCCCCACCCGUCCACCGCGCCUGCCGCGCCGCUCGACACCUUCUUCCCUCGCGAUGCAGAACCAACAAAUGGCGCAGAUGGCGCAGAUGAAUGCGAACGGCUCCCUCAACGGCACCCCCAUCAUGGGCAACAUGGCGCAUCCCAAACGCAUGGGCGACCAGGACCCCAAGGAAAAGCUCAACACGUACAUCUACGACUACUUCCUACGCAACCGCCACCACACUCUCGCGCGCGCCAUGCUCGAAUGCGACCUCAAGCUCAACACGGAGAAGGCCAGCCCCAACAACAAGCCCAAUGGCGCCAGCGACCUCGAUAUGCCCGACGACCUGCCCCUGCCGCUCAUGCCCCCGGGCCAGGCCGCCGACAACUCGUUCCUGCUCGACUGGUGGGUCCAGUUCUGGGACAUCUUCGCCGCUGCUCGAGGCGCCGGCGGCGGUCCCAAGAAUGCCGCUCAAUAUCUCGGCCACAACCGGAAUCUGGGCCAUAUCCAGAACCAGCAGCGAGACCAGCGCCUCAUGAUGGCCACCAACCCCAUGAACGGCGCCCAGUACAUGAUGCGGAACGGUGCCAUGACCAACGGCAACCAGACCGACCUCAAGCGGGCAGCCGCUAUGAACAACCGACCCGCCGGCAACCCCAUGGCGGGCAUGCAGCCCAUGAAGAACCCCAACAUGAUUCAGAUGCAACGAGACGGCUCCAGCAUGGACAUGAACGGCAACCGCCCCAACUCGCCGGGGUCCAACGAAAAUGCCCCGUCCCCAAACAAGCGCCCCCGCGUCGACGGUGGUAUGAAUGCUGGUAACAUGCCCAGCAACCAGUUCAAUGAGUUCAUGCCGCAAGGCCCAGGUGCGCAGCAGAAGAACAUCGAGGUAUAUGCCCAAAGUCUGGCCCAUCAACACAGAGUGGCAAUGAGUAACACUUCCUCCCCCCAGGGUAUGAACUCUGGCGUCCAAGGCUCCCCCAUGGCCCAGCCCGGCCUCGACGGGCAAGACCUAACCUUCGCUCCCAACGGUCCACGGCCCGGCAACAUGCCCAACAACCCUCAAGGCGCUCCCCAGCAGGGCAACCACGCGCUGCAGGACUACCAGAUGCAGCUCAUGCUGCUUGAGCAGCAGAACAAGAAACGGUUACUCAUGGCCCGCCAAGAGCAAGACAAUCAAUCUGGACAUCCUCAGCAGGGUGUUAUUGGCGCCCCAGGUUUUGGCGCAGCCAUGUCACCUCAAGGUAGCAGAGCCGGCGGCCCAUCACCCAACCCCGCCGAUCAGAUGAAGCGAGGCACACCAAAGCUCGGCCAGCAGAACUUACCUGGCUCGCCUAUGCCAGAGGGAAUGAUGGGGCAGCAACGUGCAUCUCCCGCACCCAACAUGAACUUCGACCCCAGUCUGGCACCCCCAGGAAUGCCUCCACAAUUCUAUCCCCAGAAUAUGUCCGGCCCGAACGGCAACCCCAUGAUGCGGCCUCCGAGCUCACAUCCGCAGCCGCCCAACUUCAAUGGUCAGCAACUAACGCCUGCGCAAAUGGAAGCCAUGCGCAAUGGCCAGAUGCAACAGAAUGGUUGGCGAGGGCCCCAACCAGGUAUGAUGGGUCCAGGCGGCCAGCAGAUGGGAGGACCCAUGGGCCAAAACCCUCAACAGCGGCAACAAAUGCCGCCGCCUCCAGCGCCCACGAACGAACCACCCCGACCAGAACCCUCUCCAUCCGUGUCUAACCAGGCACCACCGACUCCGAACCAAGGAAAUAAGGCCAACCCCAAGAAGAAGGUGACCAAAGAUAAUAAGCCCGCAAACAACAAAAAGGGGGCGAAUGCAGGUUCUACUCCCGCCACGACAAACGGCGAAGAACCACCGACACCCACAUCCUCCACUCCCGUCGCACCCAUCACGCCAGUACACAAGCAAUCCUUCAACCAGGGACAAAACGGCCAACCGCAGCCUGUGCAACCGCAACCUCCUUCCGACCAAAACAUGGACAACGGAGGUCCGCCGUUUGGCAACAUUGAUGGUGACCCCAAUGGCUUCGAUCUCGGCCUCAACUUUGGCGACGACCCUGGCGCCCUCGAGACUUUCGACUUUGACUCGUUUCUACAGACGGGCAACGACAACGACGCUUUUGGCAAUCUAGUCAGCGACUUUGAUUUCCCCAAUCCCACAGAAGUAUAGUAUGACUUGAGCGCAUUUGUCGUCGUCAUCGUGGAUUGGUUUGGUGGCUGGCCGUUUGAUGAAACACUAAAAAACAAACCCCCCUCUUGUUUUCAUAUACCCUUAUCUACAUCGAUCGCUUUUCUGGCCAUCAAACAUCUCUUCUCUCUUAUUGGAGCAUAACGGGGCUACCUUUGGGCUUUGGGCUAGGAGACAGGGCGGCGAUUGGUCCUACAC